GUUCUUAAGCCAACAUGUCCAUACGUAUUGUCGUGUUCGGCGUCACAAAAGGUCGAGUUGUUUUUGAGUGAACGGGAGUAAGUAAAUACCAAUAGCAAUAACGGGGCUUGGCUUUGCGCGCCCCUCCAGUUGAUGUGUGUCUGACCAUCCAGCGGAUAAGCCGGACGCCUCUAGGUCUAGGCACCAUCCAUUGUCCUCUGCGAUAAAGAUCUCUGACACCGAUGAAAAAGCACAUCAGCUUUUUUCCUGUUAACAGAAGAAGAAGGCCAGUGGAAGAUCUUAUGAGAACCUUUAAGGGUGGUGCGAUUGUUGAAGUAACUUCCUUGGAGGAAAAGUAAGUCCGACGUAGAGAAAGAACAUGUUUUCUUCGUUCCCUGCAACUGCCUGCUCGUCGUCUGCGUCUGGAGAGAACAAUGGGCGCACCGCAAGUUCUUGUACCAGCACCAAGAGCCGGCUGCGCGACGUGUGGUAUAGUAUGUGCGACAAUGUUAACGACGCCGUGGACGAGCUGGAGAAACGGAUGCGCGAGCGCUUGACCGUGGAGAACGCGGUCUUUUCCGUAAAAAAAACCGGCCAGGAGUACGUGCAGUUGUUCAAAAAAGCCGCGGAGCUUGGGGUCGAGGUUUCCGACUAUUUGCUCGCGGAGGAGAAGAAGGAUGGGGAGACCACAGGAGGUACAGGGCAACGCGAGGAGAACACCAGCUCCAGAAACAGAAUACCAGCGGCACCUGCUUGUUUCAGUACUGUCGAGGGGAUAACAUCUCGGCCUGCUGCUUCGGGCUCUGUGCAGGAACUUGCAACCACGGGCCAAAGUGGUCCUGCUCCACCUGAGCGAGUUGCGGAAGGGACCUUACGACCGUCACUGUCUCCACUUCCUUCAGACGCAGAACCAGCGCCACCGACGGUUCGCGAAAGAAAUUCUCAAUCGAGCGGACCAGAAAGAAGUUCCUCUGAUGUUGCGACCAGCGAGCGACAUUUUACCGCAGUAUCGCACCAUCAAACGAUUAAGCCACAGUACUUGCAGGCGAGGCCGAGAUCUUCUUCGCGCUCAGCGAGCAAGGAGGAAUUCGUACCAGGUUGCAAAGUGCCUAGCUCCGGUCGUGCAGCAGGAGCUGUGGUUUCGGGUGCUAGUAGAACAGGCAUUUCACCUUUCGCGCAGCAGCAGUUGACUCCGCCGAGAACCAGUUUGCGGCAACCCCGCCAAAGCUCCUGGUGGAGCGGGCGCAGGGGCAGUGGUGGCGCGGCCGCCGCAGGUGGCUCUGGUUGUACUGCUGCUGCCUCUACUUCAACGUCAUCUCUCCGCGCCGCGUCGACACCGCACUACAGUGCAAGUGCUGGCGGAUUUUCCUCCGGGGUUAAAACGACCAGCCUGAAUCCGACGAAGAUAAAGGAAAAGAUCGUCGAUAACCUUUCCGGAGUGACGCCUUACCAAAGGUAAGACGCACAAACUCGAGCAAGCUUUUGCUGUCCUUUUGUUGUUUUAUUUUCAGAUAGGAAAAUCAAGAGAAAAAGAAAAGCGCUUCUCAUCUCGAUGAUUUAGAUUUUGUUUCGAACAUUAUGCAGAUACGCCCUGGAAUACGGAAUCGGAUCACCCGAAGCACUUGCCCAGGCUGCAAAGCAGGUGGAGCAGGCCGACUAUUUAUCGCGGAUUCUGGACGAUAUGGGGUCUUUGGUCCAGAGAAAGCUGGAAGGCGAUAGAAGAUCUGGUUCUGCCACAACUUCUCGACAUGAGCCUACUAGGAGCUGCGACGGGGGAGCAGAAGCGCCAGAUGCGGCAAAGCGAACAGGGAUGGUUGCAAGGGCGGAAAGUGGUGACCGAAACAUUUUCAAAAUUCCUUCGUAUUAUCGGCGAGAGGAGCAGGCGAGGGAAGAAGAAUUUGAGGCAGGGCGGGCAUUGUUUCCUGCAGCGCAGGAAUGCUCCACAAGAAACAACUCGCUCGCUCGGAGUUGCGGGGCAUGAUUGCCAGCCAGCGCGCGACUUUGCAGAAAGGAAGAUUCGAUCAUUUGGACUUUUUGUGUAGGAAAACGAAGAGUAUAAGAACAAUAAACCUAAACCUAAUGAUUUUUGCAGCCAAUCUGCUUUGGCUUUGAGG